GUUCGGACUCGAACGGCGGAGGUAACGCAGUGUGAGACGUAGAUGUCAUCAGGUUGCUGCAACUUUGAGCGAAGGUCACAGCGCGAGAGGAAAAGUCGUGUGUAUACUGAGUGUUGUUUUCACUGAUGCUGGGACGCUGCUAGGCGCUUAGUUGACUGCUGAGUGAGCCUCCGGUCUUCUCUCCGGCUGACCAAUGCUUCUGCAUCAGUUCAUGAACGGAGCCCUGGAAGUCAUGCAUCCCACACCGCUUCAGAAAGACACUACCUUUACCAAAAUUUUUGUGGGCGGGCUGCCGUACCACACGAACGAUGCCUCUCUGAGAAAAUACUUCGAGGCUUUUGGGGACAUUGACGAGGCUGUGGUGAUAACGGACAGACAGACCGGUAAAUCCAGAGGAUACGGCUUUGUUACGAUGACAGACCGAGGAGCAGCCGAGAGAGCCUGCAAGGAUCCCAACCCCAUCAUCGACGGCAGGAAGGCCAACGUCAACCUGGCUUACCUGGGUGCCAAGCCUCGUAGCAUACAGACAGGCAUAUCCAUCGGAGUGCAGCCCAUUCACCCAGCACUCAUCCAGAGGCAGUAUGGGUUGGCCCAGCCGUAUGUCUACCCACAAGCCUUUGUGCAGCCCAGCCUGGUGCUGCCCACUCAGGUUUCCACCUCUGUCAGCACCAGCCCCUACCUGGACUACAGCACAGCCUACACCCAAUACGCCCAGGCUGCCUUUGACCAGCAGUACCCAUAUGCCGCAUCACCAGCUGGCUUCCUGAGCUACAGCUACGCCACCAGCCCCACAGCCACUGCUGGCCCGGCCCCUGCCGCCACUGCCCCGGCCACCGUCCACCCAACCCUCCCCUCCGCUGCCGGCCCAGCCCCAGCCUUCCUGCACUACGCCCCACAGCAGCACAUCCAGCCGGACCGUAUGCAGUGAGCCGGAGAGGAAGUGGGGAAGAGAGCGAGUGAUAAAGGUGGUGGAGGAGGAGUAAGGAGUUGUGGUCACUGACCUUUGAGCAGAGGAUGAUGAACACCCUAUAGGGUGACCCUGCUGUCGUCAACAGGAGCUUUCAGGAAAAAGGAUAGGACAAUUGCACUAUACGAUCAGGAUGAGCCAUUUGCUCAUUGGUUAAGGGGUAAAAGGGGUGGGUGGGUAUUUGAGGACUGUCAAGGUUCAGGUUGGGAAGCUAAACAGCAUAAAGUAUGUGGUCGCUUCCAAGGGCUUCCAGAAGCUGACACUUCAUUUUUUAUUAUUAUUAUUAUUAUUAUUAUUAUUAUUAUUAUUAUUAUCAUUGUUGUUGUUGUUUUUUUUUUUAUUGUCCUUUAUUAUUGUAUUAAUGUCAUUGUCAUGUUCUGUUUAUAUGCCAUUAUUAUCAAUGUUAUCAUCGUUUGUGGCUCAAUCAGUGGAAGUUAUAUGUGUCCAUGGUACAUAUUGAUGUUUUGAGAGCUGUCUGGGACAUGUAACACCUCUUUCCUUCCAACUACAUAGUAUCUGGGGUGGAUAUGAAGGGUGCUGCUGCUUUAGGACAACAGGGGACAGUCAGAAAUGAGGAUGCAAGGGUGGUGAUUGGGGAAGCAUACAGCCAGCCUCUCAGCAUAUCUGUGGUCCCAUCCUGGUGCUAUCCAAGGUGAGGCAGAGCACUGCCUCACGAACAAACCUCCAGCGUUUAGCGCCACCCAGGAGGACGACGAGAUUUCACCUCAAGGACAAAACAGAAAGUUUCAGUAUGAGACUGUGGGAGCUCCAUUGUUUUGAGAGUGUGAUGUCAGGACUACACUUUUUUUUUUUUUUAUUCUUUUUAAUUAAAGAGGCCUUAAUAACAAAAGAACUUUUUUUGAAUCUCUUGUUUCUUCAAGCGCUCGCCCCGUCGCAGAACCAAGUGCAGAAAGCCCUUUGGAACUGGCCAGACUGUUUUCAGCAGUCAGUCAUAUUCAUUUUGCUUACUUGGGUCUUGAUCAUUUCAGAUGGAUGUAGAUAAUCACAUGCAGUAUGUGGGCGAUGGAGACCAAGAAAGGUAGCUGACACUGAGCUCAAACACCAGUGUAUUUUUUUGUUUUUCUUCUCUUCUCACUGAGAUUGUCAUAAACUGUUGCUCUCAAAAGGACAUUCAUGUACAGCAUUUUAAAAUGUUUUCAGUACAUUUACAAUAUUUAUAUGUAGGUAUUUAUAAGAGGUACUAAGUUAAAAUAGCUUUUUUUUUUUUGGUAACUAUGACUAUAGUUGUGGCACUGAUGUCAUUUAAUCUGCAGAUCCACAGGUGUGGUAUUCAUUUUGUUUUGUCCUGUCACCAUGUCAGUGGAUUUGCCCAGGUGCAUGGAACUACAGUAGAUGCUCAUUUGUGCUCAUUCAUGCUCAUCUCCUAGUUUUUUUUUUUGUUUUGUUUUUUUUUUCCCCAAUAAAAAAAUGUCUUUUACAGUCCCUUCAAAGAAGCCAU